UUAUAGUUUGUCAUUUCCGUCAUUGGCAGACAUAUUGCUUACAGGAGCAAAUUCUGGAAAGCAACACAAAAAAAAAAAAGAGAGAGAAAGGAUUUAAAAUUAACUUGAAACAUCACUACUCGAUAAACUCAAACCACGCAGGACACAAUGGAGCCGUCUGCCAGUCCGGCCAAAGAUAGCUACAGGAUGAACCGAUAUAAGAACAAAGCACUUAACCCAGAGGAGAUGAGACGCAGGAGAGAGGAGGAAGGCAUUCAACUCAGGAAACAGAAACGAGAGCAGCAGCUUUUCAAGCGGAGGAAUGUCGACAUUGUCAAUGAAGAGGAGGCCAUGUUUGAGAGUCCUCUGGUGGACUCCUACCUCAGCUCCCCGGUCACAGAAGGAGUCAUUACCAGAGACAUGGUUGAGAUGCUUUUCUCAGAGGACCCUGAGCUUCAGCUUUCCACAACACAGAAAUUUCGAAAACUACUUUCUAAAGAGCCCAACCCACCCAUUGAUGAAGUCAUAAACACACCUGGAGUUGUGGAGAGGUUUGUGGAAUUUUUAAAGAAGAGUAUCAACUGCACACUACAGUUUGAAGCAGCUUGGGCACUGACCAACAUAGCAUCAGGCACAUCCAUGCAAACAAAGACAGUGAUUGAAGCUGGAGCAGUGCCAAUCUUUAUAGAACUACUGAACUCUGACUUUGAGGAUGUUCAAGAACAGGCUGUUUGGGCCUUGGGUAAUAUUGCAGGGGACAGUGCAGUUUGCAGGGACUACGUGCUCAACUGCAACAUCCUUCCACCACUAUUAUCGCUUCUGACCAAAUCCACUAGAUUGACUAUGACUAGAAAUGCGGUGUGGGCUCUGUCUAAUCUCUGCAGAGGAAAAAACCCUCCACCUGCUUUUGAAAAGGUGUCACCCUGUCUGCCAGUGCUGUCCAGGCUUUUAUUUAGCAGUGACCCAGACUUGCUGGCAGAUGCCUGCUGGGCGCUGUCCUACCUCUCAGAUGGCCCCAAUGACAAAAUCCAAGCUGUAAUUGACUCUGGUGUCUGUAGGCGCCUAGUAGAACUACUAAUGCACACCGACUAUAAGGUGGCUUCCCCUGCCUUGAGAGCUGUUGGAAACAUUGUCACUGGAGAUGACAUCCAAACACAAGUGGUGUUGAAUUGCUCAGCUUUGCCAUGUUUGCUGCACCUUCUCAGCAGUGCUAAAGAGUCCAUCCGCAAAGAGGCAUGUUGGACCAUCUCAAACAUUACAGCAGGAAACCGAGCACAAAUACAGACAGUAAUCGGCAACAUCUUUCCAGUGCUGAUCGACAUUCUACAGAAAGCAGAGUUCAGAACCAGGAAAGAGGCAGCCUGGGCUAUCACUAAUGCCACCUCUGGAGGAACACCAGAACAGAUAAGAUAUCUGGUGAACCUGGGCUGCAUUAAGCCCCUGUGUGAUCUGCUGACAGUGAUGGACUCUAAGAUCGUUCAGGUUGCUCUAAACGGCCUUGAGAAUAUCCUGAGGCUUGGGGAGCAAGAAGCCAAGCAGGAAAACAACGGCAGCGGAGUGAACCCUUACUGCAGCCUUAUUGAAGAAGCAUAUGGUCUUGACAAGAUAGAGUUUCUCCAGAGCCAUGACAACCAAGAGAUAUACCAGAAGGCAUUUGAUCUAAUAGAGCACUACUUCGGAGUUGAGGACGAGGAUAGCAGUCUAGCUCCUCAGGUUGACCAAGCCAACCAGCAGUUCCUUUUCCCCCAGCAGGAGGCUCCGAUGGAGGGCUUUCAGCUAUAAGUCAGCACUCCUCUCCUCUAAAACACCUUUACCCCCUUCAUACCUCCCCAUGUUAUGGAGGGCCCUAAGACAUAAAUUCAUACCCCCUUUUCUUGAUCCGUUUUUCUCCUCCCCCUCUUCAUCCUCCUCUACCAUUUCUUUGAUUUCGAUGCUACUUUGGAAGCACGCCACAUACAUUUCAUAACACUUUGAAAUAGGGAGUGAACACCUCACAACCCGAACUGUGAGUCUGCCCUGUCUUAAAACGCACACAUUGACAUCUUCCCGCUAUUGUACUAGCUUUUAUAGACUCUCAUUGGCAGUAGUUUAUUGAUUAAAAUAUUUUUAUUAACAAACAUUUUCCUAAAUUGGUCAUGCUGAUUAUCAGGGUUACUCCUACAUCCCCGUGCUAAAUCCACAGUGUCAUGUGCACAUACAACCAGUUUUUGAUGUUGGUUUAACUUAGUGCAAUUCAGAGCAAAAAAACAAACUAAGCAUUAUCCCUCUUUGUUUUACAUUUAUUUUCUUUCCCCAAUUUAAUUCAUCAGUUCUUUUUUUUUUUUAAUGCUCUUUGUUUUACUUUUUUUUUUUAUUAGCUUUGGGUUGAUGGACAAAUCUAUUCUAUUCCCUUAUAGAGAGACAAAUGUUAGGCAACGGCAUACUACUGGCAACAGUCUGAUGCUCAAGGAGGUAUGAUCUCCUCAUCACCCCCCCCCCCCCUUUUUUUUUUUUUUAAAUCUUUUAAAUAGGACUUGUUUUGUGGGCAGGCAGGAGAUGGGUAUACAUUUAGGAAUUGGGAUAUUGGAUAAUUGAUUUAGUUUAAGAGGAUACAUUUUAAGAUGAGAACAAUAUAGGUUUGAGAUUGGAAUAGAGUUAGAGUUCAGAUAUUCGUCGUGUGCUGUGUUUUAACAACAAUAUAUUUGAAUUAUGAAGUGAUCUAACGAUGAAAAUAUGGCAUAGCUCUAAAAUUAAGGGCAAAUGAUAAACCAAACUUAAUUUUACAUUGGCAUGCAUUCAAAGGAUUGCACAUCAUGCUCUAUAAACACGUACCAGGAAUUUUAAUGAGACGGACAUUUAAAGUGAAGAUUUUCUGAUAUGACUGAAAAACAAGUUGCAGGUUAGCCAGGCACUGUGCCUCCCUCCGCCUCCCAGAUGUACAUGGUGGGUUUUGCAUGGCUAAGUAUUACCUUGCCUAUAGUCACUGAGUAUCCCUGGCCAAACAAACAGUUGUUAUAGAGAGCUAGAGAACAGUGUGGAAAAAAAAGCUGCAAGACAUUGUUGCACCUUGCUCAGUGUUUAUUUUACAGAAUUUUGAUUUAAAAAGCAGGAAGUGCGCCACAAGUGGUUGGUUUGGUUCUGUUAACAGCGAUGGUGAUGUGGUGGUGGUGAUAGUGUUUUGUAUGGUGGUAGAAUGUAUUACUAUACACUUGAGGAAGGAUAAUUAAACUGUUAAUGAUUUUGCCUGGGUCUUUUCUGACAUGUAUUGGCUUGUUAUAAAUAGCAGUAACUAAUGCCUGGUUAGAGGAGUUUAUCCCUUUGUGGCUCUUAGAACAAUCCAACCAGAGUUUGGCUAGGGAUACAACACAAACAAGUGACGACUGUGAGUAAAAAUAUAUUUUUGAGUUAAAAUGUCAUAUGCACGCAGGCAUACAACGCCAGCAGACACAGUACAUAUAUCUCACACAGAUGAGUGGCUAUGGCAAAUAAGAGUUUCCACAGCAUUUUCAAUGAGUUAUUCUUUAUUGUAUUCUUUUUUAUUAAGUUUUUCUCCACAGUUCGUGGCCAUAUUUUUUUGUUAAAAAGCACUUUGUAUAUUUUCUUUAUUUAUAAAAAAAAAAAAAAAAAAAAUGUUUCCCUUGGUUCAGUUUAAUUAAGAUCCUGUUCUGUGUUCAUAAAUACUAAGAGGAUCAUUUUAAAUAGUCGAAAAGCAGAUGCAUGGAGUGCUGCAUGGGUAUUGAAAAUUAUUUUGGUAAUUCGUCCUUCUGGUGCUCUUCAGUGCGGGGAGCCAACUAAGAAGCUUUUGAAAAAGUCUGAGGCACUGAGAGGGUUAAGUAUAAAAAGCCUUUUUAAUUGAUCUGGGCCCAAGGUUCAUAAAAACACGCCAACACGUUUCAGUCAUAUAUGCCUUCAUCAGGGCGGAUACAAAAUGGCCGCCCAAGCUACUUCCUUUAAAGGUUUACAGCCAGGAGCUGUCACAUGGCUUCGCAAAAAGGGUUACACAUUUAAAGAAAGUUAAACAUCAAAAUGUAUACAUGACACCAAGGCAGAUGAGAUCAGAUUGCUACAUUUUUAAAGCGACUAAAUAUACAAGCAAAUUACUGUGAUAAUUACUGAAAAACAUUUUGUCUCUGCCCUGAUGAAGGCCCAUAUGGCUGAAACAUGUUGGCAUGUUUUUAUGAACCUUUAGCCCAGAUGAAUUAAAGGUUUUUUUAUACUUAACCCUCUGAGUGCCUCAGACUUUUCAAAAGAUCAUAAUUUGAGCAUACAAAUACUGUUUGGGGAAACUUUUUUUUUUUGUUGUUUCUAGCCACGUGGCAUAUGAUGGUUUGAAUUAGCUCUGUUGACCCUGGCCUCAGAGCAGCUUUUCCUGUGAGCAAGCUGAUCCUGGAUAAGGGUUUACGCUUUGUGGAUGCAGAAAGCUUUGUCCUGUCGUGUUUGUCUGAAAGGCACAGUGUGAGCAAAAGGUUGAUUGACUCUCUGACUAUGUCCUGACCAGAGUCUAGGAGCCCUGUUCUGUGGAUUGCUGAACCAGCCAAACAUUAAAUAAUGGAACUGGUAUACUCGGAUAAACACUUUCAGUAGCAUUUUUUUAAAAAUUGAAAACAAUUGCAUUUUGCAUCAAUAUAAACACUUAAGUAUCGCAAGGUGCUACUAUAACACAAGUUCGAGAUGUUGUCCACUGAACACAUGUGCUCCUAUAAGACAUGAGUUAAAUUACCAAGCUCUAAGAACAGAUCUUAACCUCCAAAUGACAGAUGUGUAGAGCAGCAUUUAUUACUGAACUUGACCAUUUUAAGGCCAUUUCUGUGCUAGGCCUUCAACAAAAAAAAAAGCCAGAAUUGAAAUGUAAAAUAAAAAAAUCAGUGCAUCAACAAGGACAAAUUAUUUUUUUAUUUCUGAAAUGAAAAUGCACUGCUUUUCACAAAAGUGCCAAUUUAACCACAAAGACUGGAGGAUCCUAUGUAUCUGUGUUAUCCUUACACUUUAUUUUUGCUUGUCUUUUUUACUUGAAUGUGCACACACUUUGUGCAGAACAUUGCUGCUUCAGUUUCCACAUCUUUAAAGUAAUGAUUUUUCUCUGCCAUAAUUUAAUAAAAAAAAAAAAAAGUGGCAUUCUCGACUGUGGAUCCCUACAUGGGGAAUCGAAUAACGUCAGUUUAGUUGGUGUUAUGGUCCCCAUUAAGGUACUCUUCUGGGUUUUUUUUUUACUGUGCCCGUACAGUAUAGUUAAAUAUUGAGCAUUGAGCCUAAGGUCAUAAACCAAAGUAAGUUUCUGUGCCAAUACAAUAAUUACAAUUAAUAUACAAAAAUGUGAUAGUACUUAAAUGUGACACAUGAAGCAAACAGAGAAUAUGCAAGUGACUAUCAGAGUAGAUAAUUGCAGGCAAAAUCUUUGUUUUCCUUUUUUACAAAAGUUUUACAUCCUGAAGACUGGUUGAAAUUAUUAACUGGAUGUUUUUUUUUUCUUAGAAUGAGAUUAAUUAAGCCAUUCCAAACCUGCGCCUUUUCAUUAAAUGCUGCUAAAGCUCAGACCCUCUUUUAUCACUUAGAGUGGUUUUUUUCAGUAAUGUUUGGAGGACUGAAAUAUCUCUAUAGUAAUCUAGAAGACUGCAAUAAAUAUUUCUAAAAUCCGGCACCCUGGAGAUCCCCCUCCAAUCUUCUACUACAGCCACAGGUGACACUCCUACCAGUGAGUGGAGUUAACAGUCAACCUACUACACAUUUUUCUAAUAUAAAAUCUGGCAUUCAGAAAUGAUGCAGUGAUUUACAUUAAAAGUAUUAUAAGUUAACCUAUAUGUAUGUUCUGAUACAAUGACAGGGAUUCAGAUGCAAACCUAAUCACUUCUGAGAAGUGGAGAAAAAGCCUCAGAACAUGUUAGAGAAAGAACAAGGAAAAUUAAAUCAGAGACAAGGAUACAAGCCUCCUCUGCUUUUCAUGAUCUUUUUUUCUGAUCAGGAUAUUCUUGGCUAUAUUUUUGGAUAAUUAUGUUUAGAGUAAAAGUUUGUCCUAGUCAGGAUGCAUGAUUGGGAACCAUUGCUAUCUAUAGGAGAAUUAAAAGACAUCACUCAAUAUCUCAAAUCUGACGUCUUCCGUCCUAGGAGCUUUUCAUGUUUAUCAAAAUCUGAAGCCAUGUUUGGCUUGAUCAAAAAAUGUUGUCUACUCUGCAAAUGUUUACAAUGUUACAUUUAUGUAAAAUACUUCAUGUAAUAUGCCAUCACUGGCCAGUGUCAACUCUGGUCCUCUCAUUUCUGUUUAUUUAUUUUCACUACUCUUUCUUUUACUCAAAAUACCCAUCGUAAACUGUGACUUGACUUGACUUUACCGACGGUAUGAAUGAGUGACAACAAACUAAUACACUUUCAACUGAACAUGAUACACAUACAUGGACAUUGAAAAAUACAGGACAAAGCAAAUAUUGAAACUUAAAAAACAACAUAUUGAAUAGUUCAGUGAAAAUAUUGUACCAAACAAAUAAAGCUAUGUUGCAACUCUUCAA